AUGGCUGACAUCAGCGAUGACGUGGAAGCAGAGAUUUUAUGUAAUAACUACUGGAAACUGUGCGUUUCAGAGUUUGUGAAACAAAACCCAGAGUCCCAAAACACACAGCUGUUCUCACUGUUGGUGUUGUUGAACGCAUAUCUUCCUAAUUCUUACCUCCGUAUAGAUGAGUGUCAACAGAUCCUUGGACCACCUGAUCUAAUCCAUGGAGGUCCUCCCUUUAACGAACGAAUGGAGCCUUUCACCUUUUUGAUCAGUCCAGUCCCUGAACAUGUGACAAUAAAUCACCCAGUGAUUGCACAAAGAUCUGUGGAGCUGCUGCAUGAUUUGAAGAUUAACAGAAGCACUACAGUGAAAAAAUUAAUGCACUUACUAUGUGGAUCUGAGAGUGAACUACGAAUUGCCCAAUACGUCAAAGAUUUGCUAACAAAGAGAGAAAUGAGUGAGGAUGGUCAAGAGAAAUUCUCAAAGUUGAUCAGGGAUAUUUUGACACGAGAGAGGUUUUACCAUGCUGUGUCUGCACUGAAAUGUGCAUCAGAAAAAUUUGAAACAAAUCCUAUUUUUCCUCAAACUAUUUCUCGUCUGUAUCAAAAGAAGGAUACGACUAAAGCUGAAGCAUGGGCGAGAGAGGCGAUUGAAAGAGCUCCAAACAACUCUUACAUGGCUGACACGCUCGCACAAGUUUAUAAGAAACGCUUGAUUGAUCCUGGUGAGGGUAUUUUUAAAAAGGCACGAGAAGCCUUCCAAGCAUUUAAAGAUGUGGAGAAGAAAGCUGAGAAUGAAGCGCUCUCAGAGACGAUGGAGGCGGCUGAGGCUGAAAGCAUGUCGGAUACCUUCAACAACAGAGGCCGCUUUGGUUUCAUUCAAGUGGCAAAUAUUGCUUUUGAGAAACUCAACUACUGCCCUGCAGAUAUAAAAACAAAAGUUGAAGAGGAGUUCAACUUUUUUGAAUGGUAUCUAACCUACUCCAAACCUGGCAUGAGUACUCUGGAGCCACAUUACUUCUGGAAGGAUGUUGCACUCUGUUACGAGCACUACACAAACAAAAGAGCAGUAGACUCCACCAGCUUUCCAGGCCUCCUUGAUCUGCUGAACCAUGGACUUUUCAUGUCAAAGGGAAGACAUGCUCAAUUUGAGGAACCUGAAAUAAUUCUGUCUGAUUUAGAAUUAAUUCAAGAAUGUCUGAAGGCUGCAUACGAGAAAAAUGUUGAAGAUAUCAAACUAGCAGAGAGCUACAUCCUCUCCAACAUCCUCUUAAGCAACAAGAAGCCAGAUUCUCCUAAACUCAGCCCAGUGAAUGAACUCAAAAACAUCAUUCACACAUUCUUGGAAAGAGAAGAAGGAAGUAGGAGACCUGAGUUUUAUCUUUUGGUGCUGAUGUUGUUUUGGCCUGAAAAUCAGCUUCAGGUGCCACAAAACAAGAACGAUGAAGAAGUCGGACAAAAGGCCACAGAGGACAGUAAGUCAGCAGACUCAACCUGGGAGGACAAGGACACUGAUGAGAAACGAGACAAAGAACCUGGGGAACCUGCACAGCUUCCUGCUGACCUCAUGUUUGACAUCAACCUGCAACAGUAUGUCACAUUCAUGGAGGAAGCAUUUAAGAAAGCCGACUAUGCCAAGUACCUGCGAGGACGUUACUUGUUGCCAUUGUUUUUUCUGGGAAAAGGCUCCGGACUGAGCAAAUGGAUCCACAGAUCCAGGCUGGAUGCAAUAGUGGAGGAGAAGGUGGAUGCUGAGUUAAAGGACAAACAAAAUAAAAAGGAGAAGAUGAGGCGGAUCAAUCAUCUGUGGCUCAGUGGGAAAGUGUGGCACAUUACAGAUAUCAGAGAUAUCCUACUUCCGGUCCAGAUCGAGCCGAGUUCUUCUGCAGAGUCACAGGAGCUUGAAGAACAGGAAGUGUGUGUUUGUGUAGGAGACCAGAAAAUAAAGGCAAGAACAGAAGCUCAACCACCUGAACCAACGCUGCCAACAAGGCUGUUCUACUUGGGCUUCACCAUUCAGGCUCCUGUUGUCUUUGAAGUGGGAGUCCUUAACUCUGAGAGUGACCGUCAGUGA